AUGUACGAUUAUUCGGACAUUAUCGUCGAGGAGCCUGUCGAGCCCUCUCCACUGUGCCAGAUCCUUUACUCUGACGAGUUCAAGCACCUGAUUGGCAUAGCUAAAGCUUUGAUGCGCAGCAACGAGCAUUCGGAGAGAGCUUUGGAGAUCACCGAAAAAGUGAUUGAGAAGGUGGCUGCACAUUAUACGAUCUGGUCGUACAGACUUUCGAUUGUCAAGGGCCUUGAAAAUUACUCUCUUGACAAGGAGCUCGAAUGGUGCGGACAGAUUGCUCUGAACAAUCCUAAGAACUAUCAGAUCUGGCAUUAUCGUUCCCUAAUCAUUGAGCUGAUACUCGAGCGAAAUGGCAAUUUCGAUUUGAAGCAAGAGUACCCAAUCCUUGAGCGAAUGCUGGACCAGGACUCUAAGAAUUACCAUGUGUGGUCUUACCGUAGAUGGCUUGUCAAGAGAUUCAAUUUGUUCAGAGAUACAGACGAGCUCAAAUAUACAGAGAAAAUGUUGGAGGAAGAUGUAAGAAAUAAUUCCGCGUGGAAUCAUCGAUUUUUUGUGCUUUUCGGCGACAAAAAGACCCUCACAAACGAUCAUGUUCAGAGAGAGAUCUCGUACGUCACUUCUAAGGUUGAUAUCGCGCCUACCAACCCGUCAUCAUGGAACUAUCUCAAAGGAAUAUACACCCAGCUGGGUUUAGAUAUCACCAACUUGCAACCUCUCGCAACAAAAUACUCUGACCUGGGUGCGGUUCAUUCACAAUACGCAUUCGAGCUGCUUGCGGAGAUAUUCGAAAGGCAAAAGCUGUUUGACCAAGCAAUCAAUAUUUAUGCUUUAUUGGAGGAAAAAGAUAGUAUACGAAAAAGAUACUGGAGAUGGAGAAGCAGCCGUCUCAAUUUCUAA